GUCAUGGAGACAGCAACAGCAGAAACAUUCCUACUCUGGUCAAAGACAUCAGCAACAAACUGGGGCAUGGAGAUACAAACCGUGUCUAUAAACCUAAAGUCGUGGAGGCCUUGCAGGGGAUGUUCAUACGGAAAGUGUGUGCUGGAAGCCAGUCCUCCCUGGCCCUGACCUCCACUGGACAGGUGUAUGCCUGGGGCUGCGGGGCCUGCCUGGGCUGUGGCUCCUCUGAAGCCACUGCACUGAGACCCAAGCUGAUUGAGGAGUUGACAGCGACCAGGGUGGUAGACCUCUCCAUAGGAGACAGCCACUGUCUAGCUCUCUCACACGACAAUGAGGUUUAUGCAUGGGGUAACAACUCCAUGGGUCAGUGUGGCCAGGGUAACUCUACUGGUCCCAUCACCAAGCCGAAGAAGGUGGUUGGUCUGGACGGUGUGGUCAUCCAACAGAUCUCAGCUGGUACCUCCCACAGCCUGGCAUGGACCGCUCUGCCCAGGGACAGGCCCCACCCUCCCCAUCCCAGUCCCAUCCCAGUCCCACCCCCAUCCCAGUCCCACCCCCCAUCCCAGUCCCAACCCCCCAUCCCAGUCCCAACCCCCAUCCCAGUCCCAUCUCUAUCCAUGGUGCUUCUAUGUGGAACACUGAGUCUGCUGCACCACAACCCUGGACUUCAUACCUCCAGGGCGGUGCCACCCCUCCCCUUCCCCUCCUCCAGGGAGCAUCACAACUUCCUGAAACUCUGCCUUCGACUGCUGUCCAAUCACCUGGCUUUGGCUCUGGCCGGGGGAGUGGCCACCAGUAUCCUAGGGCGACAGGCCCGCCCCCUCCGGAACCUUCUCUUCAGACUGAUGGAUUCCUCUGUUCCUGAUGAGAUCCAAGAGGCUGUGAUUGAGACUCUGUCUGUGGGGGCCACUAUGCUGUUACCUCCUCUGAGAGAGAGGAUGGAGCUUCUCCACUCCCUGCUGCCUCAGGGACCUGACAGAUGGGAGAGUCUGUCUAAAGGACAGAGGAUGCAACUGGACAUCAUUCUGACUUCGCUCCAGGACCACACCCACGUAGCAUCCCUCCUGGGGUUCAGCUGUCCCCCCGAGGCCCCCGAGGCCCUGGCCUCCUCCUGCGGCCUGGACCCUUCCUACGGAGCCCCCGGCACCAACCCUGACACACACCUGGCUGAGAUCCUAAUGAAGACCCUGCUCAGGAACCUGGGCUUCUACACGGACCAAGCGUUUGGGGAACUAGAGAAGAACAGUGACAAGCUGCUCCAGGGAACGUCUUCAUCAGACAGCAGUCAGCCAGCCCAUCUCCACGAGCUGCUCUGCUCCCUACAGAAACAACUGCUGGCAUACUGCCACAUCAACUGUGUUACUGAGAACUCUAGCAGUGUGGCUCUGCUCCAUAAGCACCUCCAGCUGCUGCUCCCCACGCUACAGACAUCUUCUCCCGCUCCGCCACCCUGCUGCAGGAGAGCUCCUGGAACAGCAGCAUCAGAGAGAAACUACGAGAUGUGAUCUACGUGUCUGCAGCAGGCAGUAUGCUGUGUCAGAUCGUCAACAGUCUACUACUACUACCAGUGUCUGUAGCCGGACCUCUGCUGAGCUACCUGCUAGACCUGCUGCCUCCUCUAGACUGUCUCAACAGACUGCUGCCUGCUGCCACACCGUUGGAAGACCAGGAGCUGCAGUGGCCUCU